AUGCCGAGAGCAAUAAGUAGUCAAGCCUGGAGAGACUUACAAAAUAAAAAAGAAGAGGAAAAGGUAAAGAAAGCUGAGUUGAUAAAAAGAAAGAAAGAAGAACGAGCGCUAGCCAAAGAGAAAAAGGAGAAGGUGAAGAGAGUUAGAACAAAUAAAAAAAAGCCAUUGACCAAUGAAAAUCAUUUGCCAGUAGAGAGCAGGAAAACACCAAAAAAGACUAUUAAAUGUGAUGCUUGUGACGAAGAACUAAUAAGUGAUGUUGAAGAGGAUGAGGAAAAAAAUAUUGGAUGUGACCUCUGCGCUAGGUGGUUUCACCUCCGGUGCACUAAUUUUAUUGGCCUCAGUUAUGACGAGGUUGCAACCAAAGAUUAUACGUGCUAUGCAUGUACUUAA